AUGGGCCAGAAACUCUCGGGGAGCCUCAAGUCGGUGGAGGUGCGAGAGCCAGCUCUGCGGCCCACCAAGCGAGAGCUGUUUGGGACUGAUCCAGGGCGGCCUGCGCGGCUGGACCAGCUCCUGGACAUGCCAGCGGUGGGGUUGGCUGUGCAGCUGCGGCAUGCUUGGAACCCUGAGGACCGCUCGCUCAAUGUCUUCGUCAAGGAUGAUGACCGGCUCACGUUCCACCGGCACCCAGUGGCCCAGAGCACUGAUGGCAUCCGCGGAAAAGUGGGCCACGCCCGAGGCCUGCACGCCUGGCAGAUCAACUGGCCAGCACGGCAGCGCGGCACCCACGCUGUAGUUGGUGUGGCCACGGCCCGCGCACCCUUGCAUUCGGUGGGCUACACAGCACUGGUGGGCAGUGACACUGAGUCGUGGGGCUGGGACCUGGGCCGCAGCCGCCUCUACCAUGAUGGUAAGAACCGGCCGGGUGUGGCCUACCCGGCCUUCCUGGGUUCCGACGAGGCCUUCGCCCUGCCAGACUCGCUGCUGGUUGUGCUGGACAUGGAUGAGGGCACACUCAGCUUCGUAGUGGAUGGCCAGUACCUGGGGGUGGCCUUCCGUGGCCUCAAGGGCAAGAAGCUGUACCCGGUGGUGAGUGCUGUGUGGGGCCACUGCGAAGUCACCAUGCGCUAUGUCAACGGACUUGACCCCGAGCCCCUCCCGCUGAUGGACCUGUGCCGAAGAUCCAUCCGCUCUGCCCUUGGCCGCCAGCGUCUGCGGGACAUUGGCUCCCUGCCCCUGCCUCAGUCUCUCAAAAACUACCUGCAGUACCAGUGA